ACGGAGCGAGCGGCGAGCGCAGGCUGACUGCCCCCUGCGCCCGUGGAGAGCGGGUCCCAGUAUGGGCUGAACUGGGCAGGAAAGCAGCAGCUCUUCCCCACUCGCCAUGGAUGAGCCAAACAUUUUGAGACGCCGUGGGCUGCAGAAGGAGCUGAGCCUUCCCAGAAGAGGCAGUGUUUUGUCUCCUACGUGCCAGAGCCCUACUCUGCUGAGCCCCUGCAGCCCCUGCAGCCCCUGCAGCCCGUUACUAACCCUGCACCCCUGGAGUUGCCGUAGCAGCACCCGGAAGAACCUGGCUGUAGGAACGCCCUCGCCCACGCUCUCCCGGCCUCUGUCUCCCCUCUCCAUCCCCACAGCUGGCAGCAGUCCCCUGGACAGUCCAAGAAAUGUGUCCACCAGUACGUCUCUCAACUUCCCCUUCGCUCGCAGCCAUGUGCCCCGAACUGACAGAGCGGAUGGUCGUAGAUGGUCUCUGGCUUCCCUCCCGUCUUCUGGCUAUGGAACCAACACCCCGAGCUCCACGGUGUCUUCUUCAUCCUCUUCUCAGGAACGCUUGCACCAGCUCCCCUUCCAGCCCACGCCCGACGAGCUGCACUUCCUGUCCAAGCACUUCCGCAGCACGGAGAGCGUGGCGGACGAGGAGGGGCGGCCCUCGCCCCUGGCGCGCCCCCGGUCCCGAAGCCUGAGUCCUGGCCGGACGAGUGGCUCCUUUGAUAACGAGAUCAUUAUGAUGAAUCAUGUUUACAAGGAGCGCUUUCCCAAGGCUACGGCCCAGAUGGAGGAACAUCUCCAAGAGAUCAUCACCCACUGCUCCCCGGACAGCACCUUGCCUCUGGCUGACGGAGUCCUGGGCUUCAUCCAUCACCAGCUGGUGGAGCUGGCCAGAGACUGCCUGGACAAGUCCCAGAAUGGCCUGGUGACCUCCCGCUACUUCAUGGAGCUGCAGGAGAAACUGGAGAAGCUUCUGCAUGAGGCGUACGAGCGCUCGGAGAGCGAGGAGGUGCCCGUUAUCACGCAGCUGGUGAAGAAGAUCCUCAUCGUCAUCGCCCGGCCUGCCAGGCUGCUGGAGUGUCUGGAGUUUGACCCAGAGGAGUUCUACCACCUCCUGGAGGCGGCGGAAGGUCAUGCCAAGGUGGGCCAGGGAGUCAAGAUAGACAUCCCCCGCUACAUCAUCAACCAGCUGGGCCUCACGCGCGACCCCCUGGAGGGUAAGACCACCAGGCGACCUCUGUGGACAUUGCCACCGGUGCUGCUAGAAGAGCUGUUAGUGGGACCCGUAGUGGGUCUGGCGGUGUAUUUGGUGAGACACAAGGAGACCCGGCAGCGCUUCGCCAUGAAGAAGAUCAACCGGCAGAACCUGAUCCUGCGGAACCAGAUCCAGCAGGUCUUCGUGGAGCGGGACAUCCUGACCUUCGCCGAGAACCCCUUCGUGGUCAGCAUGUUCUGCUCCUUCGAGACGCGCCGCCACCUCUGCAUGGUCAUGGAGUACGUGGAAGGUGGGGACUGCGCUAACCUGUUGAAGAACAUGGGACCCCUAUCAGUAGAUAUGGCGCAGAUGUACUUCGCUGAAACUUUAACGGAACAGUGUGGAUUUCUCUUGCGUUUGUCAGACGAGAUCAUGUGGCCGGAUGGUGAUGAUGCCCUGCCUGCAGACGCCCAGGAUCUGAUCACGCGUUUGUUGAGGCAAAGCCCCCUGGAGCGUCUGGGCACAGGAGGGGCCGGCGAGGUCAAGCAGCACCCUUUCUUUGCCAGCCUGGACUGGAAUGGCCUCCUGCGCCAGAAGGCAGAGUUCAUCCCUCAGCUGGAGGCUGAAGACGACACCAGCUAUUUUGACACUCGCUCCGAACGGUACCGCCACCUGGACACCGACGAGGACGAGGAGACCAACGACGACGACUCUUCCCUGGAGAUCCGACAGUUCUCCUCCUGGUCCCAUCGCUUCAGCAAGGUGGUGGUUUCAAACCUCCAUCGUAUCCGGCUCCGCAGUAACAGCACCGGCACCAAGCACUCGUCUCCAAGGGAGGGCGGGGUGCCCCGUCGGUUCGGGCACCAGCUGGAAACCCCCGAAAAGCCCCGGGUGCCCUCGGGGGGCAAGGUCCCCAAGUCCGCCUCUGUGUCAGCCCUGUCGCUCAUCAUCACCGCUGACGACGGAGGCGGCGGUGGCGGGCCCCUGGUGAGCCCCAUCUCCCCCCACUCCCUCUCCUCCAACCCCUCCUCGCGCGACUCCUCCCCCAGCCGCGACCUCUCCCUCAGCAUCAGCAGCCUGCGGCCCCCCAUCAUCAUCCACAGCUCGGGCAAGAAGUACGGCUUCGCGCUGCGGGCCAUCCGCGUCUACAUGGGGGACAGCGACGUCUACACGGUGCACCACAUGGUCUGGAGUGUGGAGGAGAGCAGCCCGGCCCACGAGGCAGGGCUGAGGGCUGGAGACCUCAUCACCCACGUGAACGGAGAGUCUGUGCAGGGGCUGGUGCACAUGGAGGUUGUGGAGCUGCUGCUGAAGAGUGGAAACAAAGUGGCCUUGCAGACCACAGCGCUGGAGGACACCUCGAUCAAGAUCGGGCCAGCCAGGAAGACCAGCUGCAAGGGGAAGAUGGCACGCCGCAGCAAGAAGAGCAGGAAGAGAGAGGGCCAGGACAGCCGCCGCCGGGCCAUCCUGAAGAAGCUGUCCAAGCAGGCCACGGUGAUGCACACCAGCCGCAGCUUCUCCUCCGGCCUGCACCACUCGGUCUCCUCCAGCGAGAGCCUGCCGGGCUCCCCCACCCACAGCCCUGCCCCCGAGGGGGCCGCCCCGGAUGCGAACUCUCCCCAGAGCACCUCGCCCUGUUCCAGCUCGCCCAGCUCGCCGGCCACCCACAUCCGGCCCAGCUCGCUGCACGGCCUGGGUCCCAAGCUGGGCGGCCAGCGCUACGUCAAGGCGGGCCGCCGCAAGUCCACCAGCAGCAUCCCGCCAUCCCCGCUGGCCUGCAACCCCUCGCCGCAGCCCCCCUCGCCCCAGCGCUCGCCCUCCCCGCUCCCCGGCCUGGCCAAGCCGCUGCACUCCUUCCACGGCAAGGCGCUGUCCCCGCCCACCCUGGCGCGGCACGCCGUCCGGCCCCGCAGCGCCGAGCCGCCCCGCUCCCCGCUGCUCAAGAGGGUGCAGUCGGCCGAGAAGCUGUCCGGGGCUCUGCAGCGGGACAAGAAGAGCUACACCCCUCGGAGGCACACGCUGGAGGUGCCCAACAGGGACGGGGAGACCCUCGGAGACUCGGAGGGCGAGGGCGCGGCCAGCGGCCCGUACCUGAGCGACCACGGGCGGCUGGGGUACCUGGGCGGGCAGCGGCUGCGGGACUGGGCGGGCGACAGGCCCGAGGACGUGGUGGUGAUGAGGAAGCUGAACCUCUCGGAGCGCCGGGACUCCUUCAAGAAGCAGGAGGCCGUGCAGGAGGUCAGCUUCGACGAGCCCGAGCCCGGGCCGGCCGAGACGCAGGAGAAGCCGGGCCGGGGCCCCGCCCCCGGCGCCGGCGGCCGGCCCCAGUUCAGGGCCUCGUGGGUCGAGGCCGGAGCCGAGCAGGGCGAAGAGGCAGUGGGGAGGAGGGCGGCUCUCGUGCCCCAGAUCGCGGUGCAGGGGUCGGAGAGCGAGGAGCUGGACGAGCAUUCGGACGAGUGGGGGGGCCCAUCUGAGGGGGAGGAGGAGGAGGAAGAGGGGGAGGAGCAGGGGGCGGCCGGGCGGCAGGAGGUGGGAAAACUCCUGGCAGGGAGCUCCAGCCGCGCAGUGGAAACGGCAUCGAGCAGCGGGGGCGUUCAGUGGAUCACCCCCGGAGGCAGAGGGGAGGGAUUGCCAAGCACAGGACAUCGAAAAGACCAGCGGAAGGAGUAAAGCAAAAAGAGAACAGCCACAUCCCAAAGGAUACCAUCCCCGAUUUCUGAAGCGAGGAGCUCCAGCUGCCUGCGAGAGAGAUCCUUUGACCGGAGAGCGUUUUCUGCCGAAAAGAAAGUGUUCCUUAUGUCAUUUUUGUUUUUAUUUAAAAAGUUUCACCCCCACCCCCCCUUUGGAUUCCUUCUAAGUCUUUAUAAAUAUUUACAGAAAAAUAGCUAUUGUGGUGUAGCUGGACAGUUUUCCAAAUAUAUUUAUUACUUUUGUAAGCUAAAAGGAUUUUUAAUGGGGCCAAAAAAAGGUGAUUCACAUGGUAUUUUAAAUGGAAUGUGUUUUAUUACGCAUAAUUUUUUUAAGUGUUUUAUAUCGGAUGUGGAGUGAAACAUUACCUCUGCUGAUUUGCUUUUCUAUGUGGGUGUUUAUAAACAGGAAUAAAUGCAUAGAGAACAUGUCAUGGUACUAAAUACUAAAGCUGCCAUUGCUGUUUGUACUUUGCUCUAAAAAGCAAAACAGGACAGAUUUUCUUUAAGCAGAAUGCUUGAAAGUAACCUUCCGCCAGGGGAGAUCUUUGCAUUGGAGGAGGAGUACAAAAUCAACAUUGGAAGUCCAUGCUAUCUACUUUUUUUAAAGGUGGCACUUUAAAAGGACAUACUUCAUAGGAAGUAGAAUGGUUUCGGUCAUUGCUAUGAUGCGUGCCAUUUGGCUACCGCGGUAACAUUCGUUUUGUGCUGUUGGUUAAGCAAGCCAGGAGCAGCUCAACAGCCUUGCAGUGUUUCGACGGUCAGGAGGGGAGUCCCCCGCUUUCCGGCAGAGCUCACACAGUGCACCGCUUCAGAGCCGUGUGAGGCGGGGGGUGGUGUCCACUUCAUUUUCAGGAGAAGAAGGAGAUGGGAUUUUGCGCCUUCUGAGAUUUGUCAGAAAACGUAUUCGCACUCGUCUCCCUGUCUUGGCGCGGUUUUUUCCCCAGCCUGUGUGUGGAAAGCGAGACUUUUCCGAUCUGUUCAGCAGGGGGUACCAGCAGAAAUGACUUGAGGCUUUGGAAUUUAUCUGAAUGGUCACCCAGUGACCAGAAAUAGAAAUGGGGAAAUAGGUGAAUAUUACCUUCUGAUAAUGUUUUUUUUUUUAAAAAAAAAGGAACUUGUCAACAACUGCAGUAAUGGAUUUGAAGAACAACCUUAACUUAAUAGUGUGAUAGAAGGUGACAUGCUAUUGAUGCGAAUUCCUGCAUAAGUCCUCCCUCCUGAUCCAGAGCAAACAGUGAAAUUUAGUCCAAAUUGCACAGAAGUAAAUGGCAAUGAGAGAUGUACCAGUCCUGCUCUUUGAUGUUGCCCAGCUAGAUUAGAAUUUUAAUAUCUUCAGAUGUUUGUGCUUAACCAGAGUAUGUCACAACACUCACUAUGUGCGUCUCCUUAAUAGCAGCUCACUGUACCAUUGGACCAAUGUUAGAUGCCUGGCAUCCUGAAUUAAAGAAAUGAAGAGCAGUAGGAUGUUGUAUCUUUUCUAUCUUUGCACGUUUUAAACUGUUCCGUGACAGGGUUUGAAGCAAACUGCAUUAGUUUGCACCUCAAAGGGCUCCUGUUUUGCUUGUGACCUUUACUUUUAGUAGUUUAAAGCUAGAUGUUUAGCACGAAAGCUUUUUUUUUUAGAUCUUAGUUCCCUGUAUAAUUCUCCCCCUAUACUUCCAUGUAAUGUAGAAUAGUUGGGAGUUCCGCAGAUGCCUCCAGUCCUGUGCAAUAUUAAUUCUGUCCAAGUCUUUCAUUAGUUUGGAUUUUUUUUUUUUAAUUGCAACAGUCAUGGUAAAUGAGUGGGUUAACACCUUCUCUCCUAGCAACAGUGUCUGAAAUCUCAAUGCCAUGAUUGGCCCUACAUGUACAAAAUACACUUGUCCUGUUCUAAAGGUGGUUUAGAACAAAGUUGUAAUAUCACACAAGUGUAACUUCCUGUGAACCGCCUUUUAAAGGCUGCUGCUAUUGCUGAAGAAUCUGAGGCAGGUUCUCUGCAUCAGGCUGCAAGGUCAGGGCAUGUAUAACAGUUUUGUGCAAAAAAAAAAAGCAAGAGUUUUGUCUUUAAAUGGAUGGUGGAGUGUUUUGUGCGGUUUGUUGAAAAUGAACCCCCCCCCCUACACAAGAGCUUUUUUUCCCCAGGAAUCCAGGUGGCAUACAUAUCACACCUGCUGUGCAGUCGAGCAUCGCCGUAGCAGAGUGCCGAGGAGGGUCACAGCUGGAAGCUGCUGAACUGAAGCAAGAGGGCAAUGACAGCCUUUUGCGCAAAAUCAGUCUGCAACCCUACGUGCGGGCAGCCGUCUGAAAUGGCGAAGGCUGACCGGCCUGUAACACCUGCUCUCCCCCCCAGACCUGGCUGUCUGUUGUACCUGUCCUCUGCUCCGCCCUGGACGUCGCCCAAGCCUUCCCCUUUCCGUACUGUUCGAUACGGAUUGAUGUUUACAGUCGGAACACGCUCACGUAGCACGCGGGCUAUGCUCACGGGGGGGGAAAAAAAGUGUUUUCAAACAUUUUUAAAAUACUUUUUUUCUUCCAAAGCCGAAGGAGCUGGGAGUUCCGAUCCGCGAUCUUUUUGUACUGUACAUGUAUUUCUGGAUGUAUAUUUUGAUAUGGAGUCUGUUAUAUUGCUAUGUGAUGGACUUUUUCUCCAUAGGCUUCUUGAUUUACCUGGGUCAAUGUUCCCGAGGCAUAGAGUCGUGUUGCAGUCGGUUUUAGGAUUGCAAUUGAGAGGGGUGGGAGUGUUAGAUGUGCAAGGCAGAGAGAAAUGGGCCUCCAGAGAUAACUUAGUGCCCAGAGGUUGACCCUGCCAUUUCACUGGGCACUACAGCCUGGGUAGGGGUUAUAGUGGCACAGUAGUGCCAAUUAAUUUAACUUAUCUGGUGAAGCUGCCAGUUUAGACCUUGAAAGAAAAGAUUUUGGAUUUUGGACUAAGUAUUUCACUUCUUUCAAGGUAAAUUCUUUGUAUGUGCAGAGUCUGUGUCACAUUGCAGUGAAGAUGCAGAUCCAUUUCUUUGUCCAAAAUCCUGGAGGCCCGUAUCCCCAAACCCUGAAACUGGAGUGUCAGAAAGUGUUUACAAUAUUUGGAACAAUGGUAAAAAAAAAUAUUUAGAAAAGGAGCAUGUGCUUUUUUAAGAAAAGAAAACUGCGUUUUGUAAUCUAUUUUUAUUUGAUAAAACCACUCCCUGUGGUGUACUGUACUAUGUGGCUCCUGUAUUACAUCUGCAUCUGAACACUAUUAAGAUAUGAUGAGGGUAAUUUGUAUACUGUUCUUUUUCCUUGUCUGAUGCAUGCUGCAUGGCAAGUCAUACAGGCACAUUAUUCUUGCUUACAGGGCAUUGUGGGUCUCUAGGAAGCCUGUAAUUUGUGGCAUGGGUCAGAAAGGUUAUGCACUGGCCAAAUGUGUAAGGGUGACUCCUGUUCUUAUCGCAAACCUGAACUGUAUAGAAAAAACCCUGAAACAACUUUUGCAUUCCCCAUCUUUAAAUCUUGCACCAAAAAUGAAUCAGCCUUGCAUCAUUUAAGCAUUUGUGGAAUUAGACUUGUUUAAUUAGGAAUCGCAAUUUUUUUUUAAAAAAACAAAUCAUUGCCCACUUGGUUUUGUGGCAACGACUCCCAUUCCCACGCGGGAGAGGAUGAGACCCACUGACCUGACGUGCCCACCCGCACAGCCCCACAGUCAGUGGACCUGUCACAAGCUCCACGAUGCCUGAUGGACAGCAGCUGCUGAGAGGAGCCGCGUGUCUCUCCCUGUAAAUCUCGCUACCGAUCAUCGGAGAUGGUCAGCCUGCUGGGGGGGGGGGGACUGGAAGAGUCCCCUGUCCAUUUCAUUCUCUUCUAGUGCUUGGACAGUUUAUUUCCUGUCUGCACACACAAGCCACAUUGCUUGCUUUAUUGAGCUAAAGCACACCGCCCCGGGCCAGCCAGCCAUUCCUCACGGAAGUGGAGCGAGUGUGGUUUGAUUCCAGGUUAAACCUUGCUGUUCACACUGAGCUCCACAUGAGCCCAGCUGCAGAGAGUGCCGGCUCAUGCCCUCAUGUGAACGGGGCCCUGGUCGCAUCAAUUUCCUUUAUCCACUAUGCUCUGCCGAUUGCGUUUGCCUCGUGACACACUGAUGUCAAUGUUAUCGCGCAUAAGCUUCCUCUUCCUUCAGUUCUUGAUGAUGAGCGGUCUUUUUCAUUAAGAGCUGUGUGUUGGGGCUUCCCUAGUGCUUCAGGAAGUUGCUUGGCCAGGUUGAGUCUGGGUCAUGUCACUAGUUGACUACGACUGCUUGCCGGGUAGUGUGGGGGUCUCUUGGCUCUUGGCAAUAGUAGCCGCCAGGGGGAGCUUGGAGGCGGGAGGUGUUGUCGGUAGGGGAGGUGCUGCUUCUGCAGUUAGCUAACCUCCAGCAGGGGGCAGUGUGCAGUCACAGGGUGCUUGGCUUCGAGUCGUGUUGUGAACAACAUACAAUCCAGGGGGUAUAAACUAAACAAAUGCUUAACUUUCCAUUUCUUACAUUUGUGCCAUGCCACAAAUGUAAGAAAUGCCUUCCAUGCCUUCCAAAAACGCAAUUAAAAAAUAUGAAUGCGGUAAGAUUGGGCUUGAUUUUAUCGUGAGUAGAGAAAUACUGCAGAUGGAUUCUGCAAGGCUGACUGUGGAUCUGCAUUUAACAGUCAAAUAUAGAACCACUGUUUAUGCUUGAGUGCUCAUGACUAGAUUAAAGGAUUUUUUUAUUUGGCCAGUUUCCAUAAUUUAUCUGCUUACGCGUGCAACAGGCAUCUAGUAUCCCUGUUGUAAUUUCAACACCACUUGGUAGUGAGACUUCUUGAUUUUUCUUUUUGCGUUCUUACAUUGGUGUCAUGUUUUAAUAAAUUAUGUACAGAUGCAGUUUGGUAUGAAAUGCA